UGGAGUUUCUUGGACCAAUGAAACACCCCGACAGAAGAGCCAUACAUUUAAUUGUCGUAUGAUGGUAAAAACAGUACAUGAACUUCUGGAAGAUGUAGGUGGCCACCAGGAUACGCAUCACAGAUAUGAAACCAUGCAGUGUUUUGCUUUAUCACAGCCAAGAGCUAUGUUGGAGGAAGGUGAAGAUUUGCAGUCCUGUAUGAUAUGCGUAGCACGUCGUAUCUCAACUGUGGAAAGAGUAUUUUCACCAAACACAGAGAGUUUUGUUACUAGGCAUGAUCUUUCAGGUGAGAAGUAUGCUUAAAGAACUCAUGAAAUGUAUUUUCAAUGCUCAAAUCCUGUUGUGAGAAAUUACCCCAUAUAAGACUGAUGAUGUCACUAGCUGUACCAAUUUUUCAGAAAUAAAAUUGUUUUGAUUCCCUUGCAAAGGUUGCAAGGCUUUCAUGAUACCCUUUUCAUUGUGGAGAAGAUAUGGGGGACUAUAGGAUGAGCGGAGUCUUUAAUUUACAAAAAUUGUGACCAUCAGGAUGCUUUAUUUUUUACAAAAGAAAUUAACACACACACACACCAGGUUUCAGUGGCUCACAGUGCUUUCCCCGUGACAAAAGAGAUCCCUCAGGAGCCUUGGAAUGUGGGGAUGGGGGAAUCAGUUUUUUUUUUGUUUCAAAAAAG